GUCAUUUUCAUGAAUUCAAAGGCAAUUUACCAGUGAUUUCUGGGUGCUGGGGCUGAUUUUUUGUGCAUAUUUAAGAAUGUCUUCUAAGCAAGCCACCUCUCCAUUUGCCUGUGCAACUGAUGGAGAGGAAGCCAUGACCCAGGAUUUGACCUCAAGGGAAAAGGAAGAGGGCAGUGAUCAACAUGUGGCCUCCCAUCUGCCUCUGCACCCCAUAAUGCACAACAAACCUCACUCUGAGGAGCUCCCAACACUUGUCACAACCAUUCAACAAGAUGCUGACUGGGACAGCGUUCUGUCGUCUCAGCAAAGAAUGGAAUCCGAGAAUAAUAAAUUAUGUUCCCUAUAUUCGUUCCGAAAUACCUCUACCUCACCACAUAAGCCUGACGAAGGGAGUCGGGACCGCGAGAUAAUGACCAGUGUUACUUUUGGAACCCCAGAACGGCGCAAAGGGAGCCUUGCUGAUGUCGUAGACACACUGAAGCAGAAGAAGCUGGAGGAAAUGACUCGGACUGAACAAGAGGAUUCCUCCUGCAUGGAAAAACUUCUUUCAAAAGAUUGGAAGGAAAAAAUGGAAAGGCUAAAUACCAGUGAACUUCUUGGAGAAAUUAAAGGUACCCCUGAGAGCCUGGCAGAAAAAGAACGGCAGCUCUCCACCAUGAUUACCCAGCUGAUCAGUUUACGGGAGCAGCUCCUGGCAGCGCAUGAUGAACAGAAAAAACUGGCAGCCUCACAAAUUGAGAAACAACGGCAGCAAAUGGACCUUGCUCGUCAACAGCAAGAACAGAUCGCAAGACAACAGCAGCAACUUCUGCAACAGCAGCACAAAAUUAAUGUCCUGCAGCAACAGAUCCAGGUUCAGGGUCACAUGCCUCCGCUUAUGAUCCCAAUUUUUCCACAUGACCAGCGGACCCUGGCAGCAGCUGCUGCGGCCCAACAGGGAUUCCUCUUCCCUCCUGGAAUAACAUACAAACCAGGUGAUAACUACCCUGUACAGUUCAUUCCAUCAACAAUGGCAGCUGCUGCUGCUUCUGGACUCAGCCCUUUACAGCUUCAGUUGGGUCAUGUCUCUCACCCACAAAUUAACCCAAGGCUAAAGGGCCUAAGUGACCAUUUUGGCAGGAGUUUGGACACCUUUGAACAUGGUGGUGGCCACUCUUACAACCACAAACAGGUUGAGCAGCUCUAUGCCGCUCAGCUGGCCAGCAUGCAGGUGUCACCUGGAGCAAAGAUGCCAUCAACUCCACAGCCACCAAACCCAGCAGGAGCAGUCUCACCUACUGGGAUAAAAAAUGAAAAGAGAGGGGCCAGCCCUGGAACUCAAGUUAAGGAUGAAGCAACAGCCCAGCCACUGAAUCUUUCAUCCAGACCCAAGACAGCGGAGCUUGUGAAGUCCCCAGCCUCGCCCACCCAGAGCCUCUUCCCAGCCAGCAAAACCAGCCCAGUAAACCUGCCAAACAAAAGCAGCAUCCCCAGCCCCAUUGGAGGAAGCUUGGGAAGAGGAUCCUCUUUAGAUAUCCUGUCCAGUCUCAACUCCCCUGCCCUGUUUGGAGAUCAGGAUACAGUGAUGAAAGCCAUUCAGGAAGCUCGAAAGAUGCGAGAACAAAUCCAGCGGGAGCAGCAGCAACAGCAGCCACAUGGUGUUGAUGGGAAACUGUCCUCCAUGAAUAAUAUGGGGCUGAACAACUGCAGGAAUGAGAAGGAAAGAACACGCUUUGAGAAUCUGGGGCCCCAGCUAACAGGAAAGUCAAGUGAAGACGGGAAGCUGGGCCCAGGUGUCAUCGAUCUUACUCGACCAGAAGAUGCAGAUGGAGGCGCCACUGUGGCUGAAGCACGAGUCUACAGGGAUGCCCGCGGCCGGGCCAGCAGUGAGCCACACAUCAAGCGACCAAUGAAUGCAUUCAUGGUUUGGGCAAAGGAUGAGAGGAGGAAAAUCCUUCAGGCCUUCCCUGACAUGCAUAACUCCAACAUUAGCAAAAUACUAGGGUCUCGCUGGAAAUCCAUGUCCAACCAAGAGAAGCAACCUUAUUAUGAGGAGCAGGCCCGACUAAGCAAGAUUCACUUAGAGAAGUACCCAAACUAUAAAUACAAGCCCCGACCGAAACGCACCUGCAUUGUUGAUGGCAAAAAGCUCCGCAUCGGGGAAUAUAAGCAAUUGAUGAGGUCUCGGAGACAGGAAAUGAGGCAGUUCUUUACUGUGGGGCAACAGCCUCAGAUCCCAAUCACCACAGGAACAGGUGUUGUGUAUCCUGGUGCUAUCACUAUGGCAACUACCACACCAUCACCUCAGAUGACAUCUGACUGCUCUAGCACCUCCGCCAGCCCAGAGCCCAGCCUCCCAGUUAUCCAGAGCACUUAUGGUAUGAAGACAGACGGCGGAAGCCUAGCUGGAAAUGAAAUGAUUAAUGGAGAAGAUGAAAUGGAAAUAUAUGACGACUAUGAAGAUGAUCCCAAAUCAGACUAUAGCAGUGAAAAUGAAGCCCCGGAGUCUGUCAGUGCCAACUGAGGAGUGUUUGUUUGCUGAAUUAAAAUACUCUGACAUUUCAUCCUCCCUCCCCCAACAAAAGUUCUUAAAGAGCCCGCAUGCAUUUGUGGCUCCACAAUUACAUCAGCAGAAUGGUCUUAAUUGUUUCGUAACGUGUGAGACAGAUUAAGUUUUCCCCGAUUUUUCAUGAACUUGAGGUUUUUGUUGUUGUUGUUGUUUUUUUUUUGUCUUUAUUGUUGUUGUUAUAUUUUUUUUAAUUUAGGUGAAGACAUAUUAAAUAUGAGACACCAGGACUUGAAAACUUAUCUCAACCCAUAGCUGUCUUACAAGUCUUAUAUUUUUGUCUUACUUUAUUAUUAUUAUUUUUUUUCUUUUGGAUGUUGAUAAAGGUUUAAGUUACUAUUUUAGAUGGGGUUAAACAUUCUCACUCAGGUAUGCUGUGCCGGCCUACAGGUUGUGAAUGUGUUUUUAUUCUGAAUUAUUUUAGAAAACAACUGAGGAUUUCAUGUGUUGUGAAACCGAACAAGUCCACGCCGUGUGCAGCUGCGUGUAGAGCAUAUUCAGAAGGCCUCGGAAUUCCAUGUUUCCUUCCAUAUGUAGAGUUCAACUUUGAAUGUGCCAAACUUUUUCAUAACUUUUGAAUCUUAAUCUUUUGAAAGUCUUAAAGGAGACACUGCAAAGUCUUAGACAAUCUUUGGCAUCUUAAAAUAAAACAGCAAACCACACCCUUUUUUUUUUUUGCCCAGAAAAUGGUAAAGUACUCAGGAAUCUGGAGAUAAGAUAUUGUUAAGGAAUGAACAAGGUUGCCACAGUGCAUGUAUCCAAUUGUGUUUGCCUUUUGACGUGCCAUCAAGUGUAUUAUGUGCUAUGAUGUAUGCACACCAGACUGAUCACCACACCAGAUCCCGACAUGGUGGUCUUCUACGCCUGAAACCACCUUUCACUACAUCCAUUAUCCCUUUGCCUUUAACCCUGACAUUCAGUCUUAAACACAUUUUCUCUUAAAUAAUUUAUUCAUUCCAGAAUGUCAAGGGUCCACUUACUAUUUAUUUUAAAAAAUAUAUAUAUUGUUGGUGGCAUUAAUUUAACAAUUCUUGUUUUUCACCUUCCUUCCCAGAAGAACUUUUCAGCCCCUUGUACCUCCUUCUCUUGCUAGAUACAAAAGAUGUACAUAGUAAUUUUAUGUCCCCAGAGCAUCUGGCAGCAUUUCUGAAAUCAGAUACUAUUAAAUACCUGUAUUGUUGUUUCUAAACACAAUUGUCUCUAUCUGGCUACAGGGUUGGGGAUUUGGAUAUAGGUGUAGAACCUUACUCCUAAAUAGGUAUAUCAUCCCUCAAAUUCGCUUUGACCUCGAAUCUUUGGCCAGAAUUUCCCCCUCAUUCAGUUCAGCACAUGUGCUGGGACAGCAACUGUGGCAUUUCCCCAAUUCCGUUCAGCUGAAAGGAUCAACGGAGGUGACCACCAGGCAGAGGAGUCCCGCAGCCAAACCUGAAGCCCAAGGCUUGCAGGCAGGUCACAGGCGACCACCGUGAGGCUGUCAAGAGUUGCCUCACCCAGCUGCCAGGACUAGGGAGUUCUUUGAAAAACCCUAGUAUACAGGUAGCCUUUAAGGAAAGACAGAGGCAAACAGUCCUGAGAAUGAAAGAAAACCCUAGGGAAGGAGAAGGGGGGGGGGGCAGGUACAUUUUCUAUGUGGGAUGUUCCUACUGUUAACUCUGGGGAGCAGGUAAUUCCCUGGGACAGCAGGAGAACACCCCUGGCCAACUCCCUGCAUCCGUGGCCACACGGGGAGCAUGUCUAGUAUGAACCAGGCUAACUACAUCCUUCACACAGCAUUUCCCGAGACAUGUGCUGAUAGGAGUCAAAGGCAGUGAGCUUGGACUCCCCAUCUCCUAACUACAGGGAGCUCUACCAUACAUACCAUUUUGACUUUCCUAAACCCAGAACUGAUUGCCCAUGGGAGACCUCACCAGAGUACUUCAGUGGGAGAACGUCAGUAAAUUGGAAAGUUCGCCUCAUGGGACAACCCAAAUUCUGACCACCAGGUCAUAGGAACAGCCCCGUCAGAUUUCUUGAGCCAUUUUGCCACUUGGAAAAAAAUAGGGUACCUGCAUAUUUCAUUACAAGAGUGCUCAAGGCCAUACCUAAUAGCAAUAAAUAGGUCUAGCCAAGGUAUCGAAGCUAUCCCAUUAGCUGGGAGUGCUCUCGAUAAGCUGAUUAAAGGUACUAAUAGAAAUGUUUUGUUCUUAAUAUUGGUUGGGGAUUGGAACUUUGUUUUUGUACAUUUAUUUCAAAUGAGGAGGAGGUCAUUUUUUCUCAAAACAAAAAAAUGAGUAUUUAUUAUUGUCUUACUGACUUCUUGGAUUAUAUACCUCUCCUCAGUUCAUUUUCACAUUUUCUCUUUGGCUUUUGCUCUCUCUCUUUUAAAAUAUUUUUUUAUUUUGUUGCUUAGGUAGAGUGCUGUCUGGCUAGCAUUGUAUUGUAUGUAAUUAAUUUUGCACAAAGGCAAACAUUUAGCAUAGUAGGUUAAUUUUGUUUGUUUUUAUGACCAUGCCAAAAUAAUAUUCUGGGCUGGUGGAGAACAAAGGACUGUUCUUUAGGACUGAAACUUGAUUUUGCUUGUAGUAAAAAAAGGAAAAAAAAAAAAAAACAAAAAACGAAAAAAAAAAACACACACACUCACAGAUGUUGUUUCGUAAGUGUUAUAAGCACUGGAUAUAAAUGGUAUUUUUUAUCACUUCUGACUAAUGUGAAACUGUUGUACGAAAACUACACGAACAAAAGUCAUCUGUUUCGACUCGUGUGGGCUUGCCUCACAGUUGCCGGAUUUGAGUCAUUUUUAUGUCCUGUUAUUUCAUUUAUUUAUGCAAAAUACAUGUGUGUAUGAACACUUUGUUUUAGCUCCAGCUCUGCCUCAGUACUGGGGUUCAGUUACUUUGAGCCAUGUUCUCAAAGAUGAAAGGCUAUUCAGGAAUGAUCUGAUUGUAAACGUCUCUUUCAUUGGGUCAAACAGUAAUGCUGUAUUUGAAUCAAAAAUCUGUGCAUAAGCAAUUUAUUCUAUUUAUUAGCCAACUUUGGCUCUAAAUAUCCGUGGAAAUUGAGAAUGACAAUCAUAGGGAUCACUUCAUUUUUAUUUUAAGUGGAGCUUAAAACAAAGGUGUUUUUUUUUUUUUUAUAUGACUUCACCAUCUCAUUUUAGACUUUUCUAAUUGUGUAAAUAUAACAUAGUAAUAGAAUUUUAUUUUUGUUUCAUGAAUACAUAGUGAGGUUUAAGUUAUGUAUUUCCUUUUUUAUUCUCUAGCCAUAUGUGCUGGUCCAGACAAUAUGUUGACAGGUCACUGUGCCUUAUGGGGACAGUGACUUAUCAGCCAGAAAACAAGGGUGGUGUUGGACAUAAAGCUGGGACAGGACACUUUACUGGGUUCUCACAUAGACUAGAGCCCACUGUCCAAAGACUCAGGCUCUGCUUUCUUCUUCUUCUAGAAAGUUGAUGAAUUGAACAUUGCAAAUGUCUAGUCUGGCUGGGAGAGAGUCAAUUUACUUUGCAAGUCCACCUCAAGCUUAUAAAAUAGUUCUGUGACCAUUUAUCAACCAGAAGCAAGGAUGCUAUUAAAGGCAAACCCCCUCCUCUGACAUUGGCCAUCCACAAAAGCCCCACCAUGCCAUUUUCCAUUAAAGAAUGUGAAUCAACUGUUUCAGACCUUAUCAUUUCAUAGUAUCUUCUAAUCAGAAAGAGCAACGAUUCCCACUUUGUUAAAGAUCUCAGAGGUUUAGGAUUUUCCUUCUCAAUUAGAAUAGGGUCACUAGCAGACAAUCCUCUCCUACAAAAUGGACCAUACAGAAUAGAAAGGACGGACGGAAGAGGAAAAAUAAGGAGAGAGAAAAACAAAGGAAGUCAAUCUUUGGACUUCAGCAACCAGCCAGGCAAUCUCUCGACUUCAUGGGCAGGCUUGGUGCAGUAUCUUUUCCAGAAAGCUAACAAACUUGAGUUGUCUUCAUGGACUUCCAGCUGAACCUUUGAGGAGCACAUCAGGUGGCUUCCUUUGGUAUUUGACACUCUUCAGUCUUGCCCACAGGCCUGAUUUGGUUUGCCAGCCUCCUGACAUAGACUCCCAGGCCAAAUUCUAAAUUCAGGUGUUGGGUCACAGAGCUAUUGAGCUUGGCAAUUUCUGGCCUCCCUUGAACAUUAGCCCCACGGGAGCCUGGGGUGUUUGAAAAAGGUGUGAUCCUUCUCCAGCUGAAAUUACAGGCUGCUUUCUUUCCUUAAGAGGCCAGGCUGCUUGCUCCCGAGAGUCCAGAGCCCAGGCACUAGCUGUAAGUCGGGACUGUUUCGAGGAAGUCUGCCCGCCCCAGGUAGAAAGCAGACUGGUCACUUGGACAUUAGAGCUGAGGCGGCUGCUGCUCUCCCUCGCUUUACUCAGUUUGCAAAGAGAAGAUCUCUACCUACUCAUGGGGAAAGGAAGAAUCAUUUAGGAGUUUCAAACCAUAUGCGAAGUCCUAUGCCCAGUGCUAACAACUGCAAAGAAAGGCACUGAGAGGAAUGUAUUGAAAUCAUUACUGGGUCUUCCUUUUCCAACAAGAAAAAUGACAAACAUGGUUGCUGUACCCUUUCUUGAUUUUGUACACGUUUGUCUAAUGACUGAGUUGGCACUUAAGCUCGCUUCUCAAAAUAUAAUAAUGUAUGACCUCAUUUGACCUUUUAUAAAAGCACUUGCAUCCUUAAGUCAUCUGCCCAUGACAUGGUUUUCUUCCUUAAUAAUAAACAACUUUAAUCUGUUAUUCCUGCCAAUAAUGUUCUAUGAUACCAUGUACUCUUAAUAUGGCCCUGUGCUAAUAUCACUGAAAAUGUCGAUAUGCAAACACAUUUCCUUUUUAUCUCCAUCUCAUCUUCUCCUUUGGGGACAGACUGCUUUCCAAAAACUCAAGAACAAGUAUUCAGAAUGCUGGUCCUUUGGGGUAGGGUGGGCGUGGAGAGGGCAGGAAGGUGACGCUCAAUGCGGAUAUCUUCAAAUUGGCAUGCGUGGCAAAAUAUGAAAGUUUGAAGGCAACUCAGUGUGACACAUCUUGCUUAGUAAUUUCCUGUUCCUGACGAAUCACAAGCAUAAAAUGAGGCCUCGAUGCUAGUGCUCUUGGAGUAUGGGGAAUGUGCAAAUAUUUAACUGUUUUGUAUGCUGCACACUGCAGACCUGUUCACGUGCAUUCUCCGUUUGUCCUCCUUUGUCAUAUAUGUUUUUACUUUUUUUUUUUUUUUUUGAAAGUGCAGUCUUUCUUGUACCCUUCUCCAGCUUGUAGCAAAUUAGAAUGCUUAGCAUUUAUGUUCAUUCAUUAUUGUAUUUGCCAUGUAAAAUUUUUAUUACCUUAGACAAGCUUAUAAGCUGUUACUACAUAACUUAUCUUCCUGUAACUCUUUUAUUUCCUGACAUUGUAAUUUGUUUGUGAUGUAUAUUGUGAGAUUGUAUUCUAUGUUAAUUUAAUCAGCACAAUUCACUGACAUGCUGGACUGACAUGCUGGCUGCUGUUUCCAAUUGUAAAGUUUGUGUAGGGCUGUUGGGACAACUGCAACUCUGUUGUCAAGGUACUGUGCUUUGGUUCCCAUAGCAACACUGUGGGUGUGGCCCCUUGAAAUGCCAAGGGCAUUUAACACACCCUCCAGCAAAAUUUAACUGCAGAUUUUCUUUGUAGAAAUUCUAUGUAUAAAGCAGGUACCUACUUGGCCCAUGGCUGGUAACUAUUUGGGCAAUUAGAAAACAAAACAAAACAAAAAACAUAAAACUAGUGUCUAUUGCUGCUUUGAAUAUGUUUGAAAGUCUGAAAAUGUAAAUAGUUUAUCAAAAAAACAAAAACAAAAACAAAAAAACAAACCUUGUACAGUCCAGUGUAAAGUUUUUAAAUGACUUUAAGGGUUGCCAUCACAUCUUUCUCAAACUCUUCUCUUGAUAAUGAGGGGAAAAAAAAAAAAAAAAAGUUUGCUAAGGAUUAAAGAAAAUGGAAGCAAAAUGAAUCUCUUCAAAUUUAGAGGAAUGAAUCAUUGUUCUGAGUUUUGUUGCAUACACAACCUUCUUGGAUUUUGUUGUGCAGUACUGAUGUAACAUAAAAUUCAACAUUGAGUAAUCCUUCAGUGGUACUUUCCAAAGUCUUACCCCUCCUCUGCCUCAUAAUUAAGGGAAAAGACAAACUGAAAGACACACUAGCUAUCCCGGUAUAUGUUGGCACCUUAGCUACUUUUUUUUUUUCCCCUUUUUGCACAAGGUGCUUUCCUGAUAUGUUCAACAUGCCAUCUUUGGGUGAUAAUGUAUAUGCCAUGAUGGGGCUUAGGUCCCUCAGGGGAGUGUCUAUAAGAACUGCCUAUUUAUGCUCAUUUACCUCAAGACUGUCCUCUCUACCCUUAAUCUAGUCGUCAUCACUCCAUCUUUUGUACUGCUGUUGACACUUACAAAUUAAAGAUAAAUUUUGUUUUAUGA